AUGGCAAAACCACGUGUAAUUUACUGGUUCCGUACUGAUCUACGACUUCAUGAUUCACCUGCUCUCAAGGCUGCUCUAGACCUUGAUCCGGCUGUAUUUUGGCCUAUUUUCACGUGGGAUCCUCACUACGUCUAUCGUGCCAGAGGAGGACUCAAUAGGUGGCAGUUCUUACUCGACUGUCAAAAUGAUCUCUCCAAAUCCAUCACAAAAGUCAACUCCAACUCAAAGCUCUUUGUUUUAAGGGAAGCACCACAGACUCUGUUUCCAAAGCUCUUCAAGGCCUGGAAAGUCACUCAUCUUGUCUUUGAGAAGGAUACCGACAGCUAUGGCCGUGAACGCGACAGUGUCGUGACCCAGGCAGCCAAAGAUGCUGGUGUCGAAGUCAUUAUCCGUUCUGGCAGAACACUAUGGGACAGCGAUCAAAUAGUAGAGAAACACGGCGGGAAGCCAACUAUGUCUAUCACCCAACUUCAGACCGCAGGAAGUAAACUUGGCCAGGUCAAGAAACCGAUACCUGCUCCCAAACACCUCCCAGACCCUGGAGAUAUGCCCGUCAACUUCGACCAAGAUGAGCCGGACACCAAACCAGACUUCAACUCGGAAAUCAGAACGGAAGGAGACAAAGCAUACAUCAAGAUAGCUGGGCCAAAAAGUGAUUUUGCCAUAGAAACAAUGGAGGAACUUGGCUUUCCAGCUGCAACUACUCCUCAUCGCGGAGGAGAAACGCUCGCGCUCAAAGCACUCAAUGAAAUCAUCGCAGACAAGAAAUACACGGCUACCUUUGAGAAGCCAAAGACGAGUCCAGCACAGUUUGAGCCACAGACGACGACUUUGCUAUCACCACAUCUGCACUUUGGUUCACUCUCUGUACGAGAGUUCUACUGGCGCGUGAAAGACGUCGUGGAUUCAUACGAGGGUGCUUCAUCCCCUCCUGAGAGUCUGAUCGGUCAGCUGCUCUUUAGAGACAUGUACUUUGCCGCCCAGGCCGCACUGGGAUACGUCUUUUCACAGACAGCCAACAAUCCGUACUGUCGUUUUAUUCCGUGGCAUCUUCCUUCAAAAAGGGAUGCUGAGACUGGCCUUGUCACUGGAGAGUACCACGUGGAUUCUGAGGAGGCAGAGAUCUGGUUCAAACGAUGGAGAGUUGGUAUGACUGGGUUUCCCUGGAUCGAUGCUCUCAUGCGGCAGCUAAAAGAUGAGGGGUGGAUUCAUCACCUCGGACGUCAUGCCGUAGCCUGCUUCCUCACUCGAGGGGGUUGCUACAUCGACUGGGAACGAGGCUGCGAGGUCUUUGAGGAAUGGCUUAUAGACCAUGAGCCGGCGUGCAAUGCAGGUAAUUGGCAGUGGCUGUCUUGCUCAGCCUUCUUCUCGCAGUACUUUCGCUGUUACAGCCCAGUGGCCUUUGGUCAGAAGUGGGACAAGAAAGGAGACUUCAUCCGUCGAUAUGUACCCGAGUUAAAAGACAUGGACGCCAAGUACAUCUACGAGCCUUGGAAAGCUCCUCUGCAAGACCAGAAGAAAGCAGGUGUUCGCAUUAAAGGAGACGGCCUGAACAAUGUUGAGGAGGGCACGUACCCCAAGCCAAUGUUCGAUUUUGCUAAAAGACGCGACGUGUGUAUUUCUUCUAUGAAGGCUGCGUACCAGGUCGGUCUCCAUGGAAAUGAUGGCCAAGCUCUCGACGGAACGUGGCGUAAGCUGUUCCCUACAGACCGUGGAGAAGUGCAAGGAGAUAUUGAGAGUGACUAUGGAGAGCAUGCUGAUUAUGCAGAUGAUGGAGAGGGCAAGUCUGAUAACGAGGCCAAGGAGGAAGGGGAGGGUACAGCCUCUGUUAAGAAGGAAGAUGGGGAUGCAAAGGGUAAGCGGAGUGCGAGACGACAUAGCACGGAAAAGGUACCCAAGAAGAAGAAAGUAUAG